UCCCGGUCUCUGGAUUCCCUUCAUAUUUUGCCAAAUUCUUCCUUCACGUCUCCGAGGUAGUGUGUUGUGAAUUGACGUGUAAGAAAUAACUAAUUUCAUAUAAUAAUAUACGACGAUGGCUUUUUUGGUAACGAAUAUCCGCAGGUGCGUGUGCCUGAAAAGCUUCAGCACCCCAAAUAUUGUCCAGACUGCAUCUUAUCAUGCUAAUGUCAUCGACCACUACGAAAACCCUCGCAAUGUUGGUUCUCUUGACAAGAAAGAUAAGAAUGUCGGCACUGGUCUUGUGGGGGCCCCUGCUUGUGGUGACGUCAUGAAACUUCAAAUCAAAGUUGAUGACAAUGGCAAGAUCAUUGACGCCAAGUUCAAGACAUUUGGUUGUGGUUCAGCCAUUGCGUCAAGCUCUUUGGCCACAGAAUGGGUUAAGGGCAAGACGGUUGAUGAGGCUUUGAAACUGAAGAACACAGAUAUUGCUAAGGAAUUGUCGUUGCCGCCGGUUAAGCUACAUUGCUCUAUGCUUGCUGAAGAUGCCAUAAAGGCGGCUUUAUCAGACUACAGGAUCAAACAACAAUCUGGCGAAAAACAGUAAAGGAAUAAAAACGGAAUGACUUUGGGAACAGAUCUGUGAUUUUAGUAAGAAAACAUGUCAAGUAUCUAUUACAUUAUUAGAGGUAAUUGUAGGUACGAGGAGGCAGAAUAUGUUGGACCUUUAACAAUUUAAUAAAAAUCGUAGUUUCAAAUCAGCACUAUAAGAAAUAUUUAGUGAUUGUUUAAUUAAGUUCUAGCAACAUGUAACCUGCACAAUACCUAAAGUUCUCAUUAUUUUAGUUAAAAAUUGUUGUUAGAUGUUAUAAAUGUUCUGAAAAUAGUUGUAGUAAUUUAAAUCUUGUCAAAGUAUAUAGUUUUAAAAAUAAAUCUGAUUAUAGUGUA